AAAAUGUCAAAGAUUGGGAGUUUUGAAGGAUUCCAGCCUGUGUCUCUGAAGCAAGAGGGAGAUGACCAACCCUCUGAGACUGACCAACUGUCCACGGAGGAGGGGGACCCAGGCAAAGACCCAGAGCCAAGCCGUAUUUCAAGGCAGCCAAGUGUGACUGAAUCAACACUGUACCCCAAUCCUUAUCACCAACCUUAUGUCUCACGGAAGUACUUCGUUACACGGCCAGGGGCCAUUGAGACUGCCAUGGAAGACUUGAAAGGCCACAUGGCGAAGACUCCUGGAGAGACAAUUCAAGGCUUCUGGCUCUUGACAGAGAUAGAUCAUUGGAACAAUGAGAAGGAGAGGAUUUUGCUGGUCACAGACAAGACUCUCUUGAUCUGCAAAUAUGACUUCAUCAUGCUCACCUGUGUGCAGUUGCAGCGGAUUCCCCUGAGCGCCGUGUAUCGCAUCUGCCUGGGCAAGUUUGUCUUCCCUGGGAUGUCACUGGACAAGAGACAAGGAGAAGGCCUUAGGAUCUACUGGGGGAGUCUGGAACAGCAGUCCCUCUUAUCUCGCUGGAACCCAUGGUCCACUGAGGUGCCUUAUGCGACCUUCACUGAGCACCCUAUGAAGUACACCAGUGAGAAGUUCCUCGAAAUUUGUAAGUUGUCUGGGUUCACGUCUAAACUUGUUGCAGCUAUCCAGAAUGCCCACAAGAAUUCCACUGGAUCUGGAAGAAGAAAGGGACUGAUGGUGUUAACUGAACCCAUUUUGAUUGAAACCUACAUGGGGCUGAUGUCAUUCAUUGGAAACCGCAACAAACUCGGCUAUUCCCUUGCCCGUGGGAGUAUUGGUUUUUGA